AUUUAGCUUUAGAUCACUUCUCUCUGGACAAUAAUAAGCUUCUAUUGUGAAUUUUUACUCAUUUAGUGUUUCAAUAAACUUGAAAAUUAUGGCGAAAACUCUGAUUUUUAUAUUAUUUGCUUUGUGUUCAACCAUACAUGCUGCACCAGCUACUUUUGAGCGCGAUGGAAUUGAACACACUUAUGCACUUGGCUUUGAAAUCGGGGAAAUGGAUUACCAAGUCGGUCCAUUACCUUUAUCCGUUUCACCAAGUAAAAAAGUUAACAAUUAUGAAUGGGUUGGCGAUGAUUCAUAUGAAUUGAACAAAAAAAUGAUUUUCAAAGGCUUCUCAACCCACAACUAUACAAUAAAAACUGUCAUGCCCUUCAGUCAAAUUGAUUCCAUUUUCUUUGAAUGGCAAGACAUGGACGAGAUCUAUGGAUAUGUUGACGAUGUUAACUUCCAGACUGCUUAUUUGACUGAAACUACACCAAACCAACCACAUAUAACCAAGAAAUAUUGUGCAGAUGAUAAGUAUCCACGAAGUCUGGCUGGUAGUCUGGCUAGUCGAAGCCUUUCGCUGUGUUAGUCACUACAAGGAGUUAAAGCCAUAAACAAUUUACCGAAUCAAUAAAUAAAAGUUAUUACAUGUACUAAUCUUCAUUUAAAAAUCAUCAAUUUUUAAAACUUAAA